GGUUCCAUAUGGUCAUGUGAGGAACAAUUGCAGAAGCUCUAAACGGGGUCGGACUCCUCUGCCUUCCUCUUCGUUACGGUUUCUUCCGAUUUUGUUUGUUCAUUCUUAUCGGCGAUCCUCAGUUCCGAAGAACCAUUUUCUGAUUCCUCUUCGCAAGUGUAGAGAAGUUGGAAAAUGGAGGAAUUUCUUGUGGCAGUUCUCUCGAUGCUGCUUGUUGUUGCAUUGGUUCCUCUGUUUCUAUGGCGACGCUAUCAGGACUCCCGCUCCGGUCAUGCACAUGAAGAUGAGGAUCAGGUUCCUCGGAGAGAAACGGUUGUUCGUGCCACUGGUGGAGGCCGUCGUAUGCGUCGGAGACCUACUACGGCUGCUAGUUCGUCGAAUGCAGGGGCAUCUCUGGAAGACAAUGGUGAUGGAAGUGAUGAUGAAAUUGCUGCGGAAGAAUACCCUGAAGGAAGAGUGUUGAAGAAGAAAGAAAAGAAGCGACAAGAGCGGGAGGCACAAAGACAGGCUGAACAAGCUUCCCGUGACUCGAGAUUAACAAAACAAGAUCGGUAUGCAGAAAUGCGGAGGAAGAAAGAUGAGGAGCGUGAAGAGCAGGAACGGUUACUGGAAGAAGAAGCCAAGGCACGGAAGGCCAAGGAGGAAGAGGCUGCUGCAUUUGAGUUUGAGAAGUGGAAAGGGGAAUUUUCAGUUGAUGCUGAAGGUACAACUGAAGCUGAAGUGGAAGGUGGAAAUCAAGAUUUGCUCUCUGCUUUUGUGGAAUAUAUAAAGAGUCAUAAAUGUGUCCCAUUGGAAGAUCUUGCUGCAGAAUUUAAAUUAAGAACUCAGGAAUGUAUUAAUCGGAUUUCCUCCCUGGAGAGUAUGGGCCGACUUUCUGGCGUUAUGGACGAUAGAGGAAAGUACAUAUACAUAUCAAAGGAAGAAAUGCAAGCAGUUGCUGACUUCAUCAAGCGUCAGGGAAGGGUUAGCAUUUCACAUCUAGCUAGUAAGUCCAACCAGUUCAUUGAUUUGGAACCAAAAGCCCAAUUGGCUGAGGAAAUCAAUGUUGAGGAGAUAGCUGUCUCUUAAUAACACCUGUUAAUUUUGGAGAGGAAUGUUACACAUCAAAUCGUCAUAAUCAACUAGUAUAUAUUUUACCUAAUGAUCACGGGUGGCAGUCGAUACUACUCUUCUCUGCACGGGUUCUUGAGCUGCUCUUGUUAUAUAGUUUUCAUGCCCUGCUUUUAAGCUUUUGGAUUCAUCUCAUACCCAGAAACAGAAGAUGCCCCAUCUGUUAAACCUUUUGGUUCAGGAAAAAUAGUUGUGUGAUAUAUGGGGAAAUCGGAGGAUGUUAAUAGACAGAAAGUUUUCUCAAGUGAGGCAAAUGGUGGCUGCGGCUGAGAAUUGGACUAAAUGAUUCAAACAUUUUUUUGGGAUUACUGUUUUAACUGAAAUAGUUGUUGGAUUCAUGGAAACAAAUAAUUAGUUGUUUGUCUUUGGGUUAGUGUUUUAAAUGUUUGUCAUGUUCAGAAUUGCUUGAUUGUCAUGUGAGAAUAGUUGAGAUGUUCGGAUGCUUUCAAUUGUUUUAUGUAUUAUGUCUAUGAACAAUUUUUAGGAUAAAUGCAUUUUGUCUACAAGAUACGGUCAAUGGUUCAGAGAAUCAGAAGAGCUA